AUGGUGAACCUAAGGAACGCGGUGCGCUCGUUCCUUGUGCACCUAGUUGGCCUUCUGGUUUGGCAAUUUGAUAUUUCUGUAAGUCCAGUGGCAGCCAUAGUAACUGACAUUUUCAAUACCUCCGAUGGUGGACGCUUUAAAUUCCCAGACGGGGUACAAAACUGGCCAGCAAUUUCAAUCGUGGUGAUAAUAAUCAUGACAAUAGGUGGCAACAUUCUCGUGAUCAUGGCAGUUAGCAUGGAAAAGAAACUGCACAAUGCCACCAAUUACUUCUUAAUGUCCCUAGCCAUUGCUGAUAUGCUAGUGGGACUACUUGUCAUGCCACUGUCUCUGCUUGCAAUCCUCUAUGAUUAUGUCUGGCCACUACCUAGGUAUUUGUGCCCCGUCUGGAUUUCUUUAGAUGUUUUAUUUUCUACUGCGUCCAUCAUGCACCUCUGCGCUAUAUCGCUGGAUCGGUAUGUAGCAAUACGUAAUCCUAUUGAGCAUAGCCGUUUCAAUUCGCGGACUAAGGCCAUCAUGAAGAUUGCUAUUGUUUGGGCAAUUUCGAUAGGUGUCUCAGUUCCCAUCCCCGUGAUUGGACUGAGGGAUGAAGACAAGGUGUUCGUCAACAACACGACGUGCGUGCUUAACGACCCAAACUUCGUUCUGAUCGGCUCCUUCGUGGCGUUCUUCAUCCCGCUGACGAUCAUGGUGAUCACCUAUUGCCUGACGAUCUACGUUCUGCGCAGACAAGCCCAGAUGCUGCUGCAAGGCCGCUCGGAGGAGGAGCUGCAGGGAAUCGGCUUGGAUUUUCUGAAGUGCUGCAAGAGGAACACCGCUGACGAAGAGCCCCCGGCGAACCCCAAUCCUGAUACGAAUGUUGUGCGCAAAAGAAAGAAGAAGGAAAAGCGCCCCAGGGGCACCAUGCAGGCGAUCAACAAUGAAAAGAAAGCGUCGAAAGUCCUUGGCAUUGUGUUCUUUGUGUUUCUGAUCAUGUGGUGCCCCUUUUUCAUUACCAAUAUUCUGUCGGUUCUUUGCGAGAAAGCCUGUAACCAAAAGCUCAUGGAAAAGCUUCUGAAUGUGUUUGUUUGGAUUGGCUAUGUAUGUUCAGGAAUUAAUCCUCUGGUGUACACUCUGUUCAACAAAGUUUACCGAAGGGCUUUCUCCAACUAUUUGCGCUGCAAUUAUAAGCCUGACAAAAAGCCUCCUAUCAGGCAGAUACCGAUAUCCAGAGUUGCUGCCACUGCUUUGUCUGGGAGGGAGCUUAACGUUAACAUUUAUCGCCAUACCAACGAACCUGCUGUUAGGAAGCCUAAAGCCAGCGAGCCAGGUAUAGAGAUGCAGGUUGAGAAUCUGGAGCUCCCAGAAAAUCCCUCCAAUGUGGUUAGCGAGAGGAUUAGUAGUGUGUAG